CUGAUUACUCAGCCCUGGACCCAAGGCCACCGUUUGCGGUUCUGUAAGGGCCAAAACCUAUUUAUCGACUUUGUUCCACCUCGUAGGGCCGAACGAAACCUUCUUCGGCACUGCCUUCAGCCUCCAGAUUUCUUUAUUUUCCAUCUAUAAGAUAAAAUUUACCUUUGGUCCUCAAAAUGUCUGGGGAAGAGGAAGAAAAUGCUGCAGAGCUGAAAAUCGGUGACGAGUUUUUAAAGGCCAAGUGUUUAAUGAAUUGUGAAGUUGCUUUGAUUCUCGAACACAAAUAUGAGCAGCUUCAACAAAUGUCUGACGAUGCAGCGAAUCACGUUUCUCAAGUAUUUGAGAAGUCACAGCAGUAUGUGAAGCGCUUUAGCCGGUAUAAGAAUCCAGAUGCUGUUAGACAAGUGCGAGAAAUCCUCAGUAGAUAUCAAUUGGCUGAGUUCGAGCUUUGUGUUCUUGGCAACCUUUGCCCUGAAACAGUGGAGGAAGCUAUUGCCAUGGUACCAUCUAUUAAGACCAAAGGACGGGCUCACGACGAUGAGGCAAUUGAGAAAAUGUUGAAUGAUCUGUCGCUCAUCAAGAAAUUUGAGUAGUGGCUUGUGCACUUUGAUGUUUUGAAGUGUCUGUCAAUUUGUAUUUACCGUAUCACGAUCCUCCUAAUGUUUCCUAAUGAUGUGGUGUUGUAAUAUAAUCAUCCUAUAUACAUGGCAACAUGCCCAAAUGAUCAGAGUAGGUAACUGUCCUCAUGAUUUUGCAUAUACUCUCGGAUUGUUUUGGUAAAAGUAUUGAUGAGAUUUAUACUAUUAAAACUCAAA